AGCAGCAGUAGCAGCAGCAGCUCCGCCAGCCAGCCGCUCCGCCUUACGGCCGCGCCCUCAGUCGCUGCCUGGGCGCAGAACGGCGCCCACCCCCACCAUGCUGGCCGCUGGACUGCGCGCCGCGCUUCGCAGCUCUACGAGACCGCAGGUAUUAUCUGUGAGCAGCAAUGGCUACGCAACGGAGGCGACAUUUGACACGAAGGAAUGCCGGCUGCACCGGCUGGACCAGGGCCCGUCCACCAGUGUGAAGCUGACGAGGGAAGAUGCGCUGCAGUACUUCGAGCAGAUGCAGACAAUCCGACGCCUCGAGACCGCUGCCGGCAACCUCUACAAGGAGAAGAUCAUCCGGGGGUUCUGCCACCUCUACUCUGGACAGGAGGCGGUGGCGGUCGGCAUGCGGUGUGUGAUGCGGCCGCAGGACUCAGUCAUCUCGGCGUACCGCGUGCACGGCUGGACCUACCUGAUGGGAGUGCCGCCGCUGGGGGUGUUGGCCGAGCUGACGGGCCGGCGCUCGGGCUGCGCGCGCGGCAAGGGCGGCUCCAUGCACAUGUACGCCCACAACUUCUACGGCGGCAACGGCAUCGUCGGCGCACAGGUGCCUCUGGGAGUGGGCGUAGCGUUCGCGGCGCAGUACCAGGGCACGGGCGGCGUGUGCUUCGCGCUGUACGGCGACGGCGCGGCCAACCAGGGCCAGAUCUUCGAGGUGUACAACAUGGCCAAGCUGUGGGGGCUGCCCUGCGUCUUCGUCUGCGAGAACAACGGCUACGGCAUGGGCACCAGCGCGGCGCGCGCCUCUGCCAACACCGACUACUACACGCGCGGAGACAUGGUGCCCGGCAUCAAGGUGGACGGCAUGGACGUGCUGGCGGUACGCGAGGCGUCGCGGUUCGCGGUGGAGCACUGCUCCUCUGGCAAGGGCCCGCUGCUGAUGGAGGCGGUCACCUACCGCUACUCCGGGCACUCCAUGUCCGACCCGGGCACCAGCUACCGGACGCGCGAGGAGAUCCAGGAGGUGCGCUCCACCAGGGACCCCAUCUCAUCCUUCAAGGAGAAGAUCCUCAACUCGGAACUCGUCAAGCCCGACGAGCUCAAGGAAAUCGAGACGAGGGUGAAGAAGGCGGUGGACGAGGCGACGCUGAAGGCGAAGGCGGACCACGAGAUCGGCCUGGACGAGCUGGCCAGCGACGUGUACGCCAGCCCCCUGGAGCCCAUGGUGCGCGGCACCGUGCCCUGGUCGCCCGUGGCGCACAAGCGCGUCGGGCCCGCCGUCAACAUCAAGUGACGCGGGGGCGGCGGGGGCUGGCCGCCCGCCGGGCGCAUCAUCGUCCCCUCCGAGUGAGGCGGCCGCCGCCCCCGCUCCGCAGACAUCUCCAGACAUCGCCCGAGUGGGCGGCUGUCGCCCGCCGGGGAUCCACUGCCACGU